AUGUCUCAGCCAAGUACGCCAUUCGAUACAAGCACUGCCGAUCCGUUCCUCCCGCUUCCAAACCAAGAGCAGCUCUCUCAAGCCGACUUUCACGAGCUGUUUGGUCCCGGUACUUCGGAUGGAGGCGUCUUCUUACCAGGCAAUAGCGAAGCGUUUGACGGGCUCAAUCUCACAUACGAAAGUGUCUCACUAGUCCCUGUAGACUCGUCGAGCCUGUCCACUAUAUCAACGCCUGACUUCUCGAGUUACAGCUUCGGUCAGCACUCGCCAACGUAUCCAGCCCCAGAAUCCAACAUCCAACAUCCUUACCCGCUCGAACUUGAUCAAACAUACGAAGCGAAUACGCAUCAGCAAACCUUCAGACAUCGCCCUCUUCCAAUCAGAUCGCAUACGAACAAUGUCCAUCUUCACUCGGCGCAAGUGCCGCAGUUUGGUCAUCGCCGGCGAUCACUCAGUCACAGCGAUAUAGACCGGCCCGCUGCCGUCACCCACAUACCAAACCCCACCUUCUUCCGUCUCCAAGCACCACGUGCCAGAACGACUACAGCCGAGGAAUACCGGAGGAAUGAAUCAUACUCUUGUGGAAGAAGCACCAGCCAAGGCUCGCCCCGAGGUAGACCAGUAAAGCCUAGGAGCACCCCAUACUCGCUUCAGUCUAGCCCACUGGUAGGCGGCAUGUUACCGACUCCGAUCGGAACCCCUUUGAACGAAGUCAUGGGAGUCGACGAUACGAGCAGUGAUACCGAUAUUGCCCAUCAAUUUCACAGCAUUGACAUGACCGGUCUACCCAUCCUUUCAUCUGCUGGAAACCCCAUCUUUCGACAAAUGUUGCACCCAGAUGAGCUUGCGAGAAGUCGGCAGAUUAUCGAAAUCGGGGCCCUUGCCGUCACCACCAACGCCAAGGUCGAUCCCAGACUGGAGCAAGGCAGUUCUACCUUGAACCUUGAGCAUAUUUUGAAGAAGCUGGUUGAUAUCGAAGAACAUCUGGAAAAGAGCGGGGGCGUUGAAGCCUUGCGCAGUUGCAGAACGAUACGAGAGGCAUUGGUUGGGGAAGCAGAAAGUGGAAAGGGGAUGAGAGUUAUGGAUGAGGGCUUGAUAGAAGGUAAUGGGACAUCGAGCAACGGGGACUCGGGCGACUACUCUCGUAUGUUUGAUGGCUGCGAUGACAAUGAGAUCAUGGCCAUGUUGAUGAGGCAGCAUGGAACUGGCGGUAGUGAAGUGGUGUAG